AUGGCAAACCCCGCCGGCUUGGACUCCGCCGCGGUGGAAUGUUUCUUAGACAGACACCCGGAGCUGGUGGAGAAGUGGCUGAAGAGGAGAACCGCCCUCCUUAGUAGUAAAGAAGCUCCCGCUGGAGCGCCUGACUUCGGCGACGGCGGGGCGGCAAAGCAGCCCAGCAGCCGCCACCACCACAACGGCCUCUCGCCGCGGAGCAGCCCCUCGUCCACAGCUCCUCCCGGCCCGGAGCCGACGGCUGGCGGGCUGCUGCAACACCGAGGCUCCCAGAAAGAGCUGCGGAAAAGUUUCGCGCGCUCCAAGGCGAUCCACGUGAACCUGACUUACGACGAGCACCUCCACGCCCGGGCUCAGGAGCCGCUGAGCAGCGCCAGGAGAAGGGCGCUGCUGAGGAAGGCCAGCUCCCUGCCGCCCACGACGGCGCACCUGCUCAGCGCCCUGCUCGAGUCCCGGGUCAACCUGCCCCAGUACCCGCCCACCGCUUUGGACUACAAGCGCUACCUGAAGCAGCACAACGAGCGGCAGUUCUUUCUGGAGCUCGUCAAGGACAUUUCCAACGACUUGGACCUCAGCACCCUCAGCUACAAGAUCCUCAUCUUCGUCUGCCUUAUGGUGGACGCCGAGAGGGGCUCCCUUUUCCUGGUGGAAGGCAGCGGCGGCGGGAAGAAGAGCUUGGUCUCCAAGGUCUUCGACGUGCACGGCGGCGCCCCCGUCCUGCCUUGCUACAGCACGGAGAACUCCAACGAGAUGCAGCUGCUCUGGGGCAAAAGCACCGUCGGUUAUGUAGCCGAGCACGGCGAGACCGUCAACAUGCCCGACGUUUACCAGGAUUUGCCAUCACAGUGAUAGAUAAUGUGAUGCUCAAGGCUCUGUGAAGCACAUGGUAUCUCAGUCUAAUAUUGUA